UCCCCUUACAGAGCCUCGGUGUUCUGACAGCUUGGCAGGUUUCUUCUUUCAGCCGGCUCUUUCUGCUCCGCGCUCUGAGGAGACACGCAGCUCUCCAAACGCACCGCUGUCUGUUUGCUCACUGAGAAUCAGCGGAAAGAUAAAAGGCACUGGCCAUUCAAAGGGGAUUAUAGUUACGAGGCUGCAUCAACAGGAGAGCCUUCUCAACAAACAGGUGAGCCAUGACAUCACUGCUGUUACUGUGUUUGUGUCUUCGGUUAAUCUCAGCGAAAUGGAUCAAUACAGACUACUUAUAUACGGAACCAGAAAGAACUCUGAGUGUUAGCAUUCCCAUUGCUCAAACUCUCCAACCCUUAAUGGGAGACACACUGGUUCUGCCCUGCUAUUUCCGGGAUGACACAGUGCCUGACCCAGGUGCUCCCACCAUAGCCCCCUUGUCCCAUCGCAUCAAAUGGAGCAUCACCACCAAAGAGAAGACCACAGACAUUUUGGUGGCCAGUGAGGGUAUCGUGGCAGUGAAUAAGAAGUACACAGACAGGGUUCAAAUGGUGGCAUACCCCACCAGCACCACUGAUGCCACCAUUAAAAUCACACAGCUUCUUUCAAAUGAGUCUGGAGUGUAUCGCUGUGAAGUCAUGCAUGGAAUCGAAGACAGCCAUGAUACUGUCAAUGUCCAGGUGCAAGGCAUUGUGUUCCACUACCGUGCCAUUACUUCACGUUACACACUGACGUUUGAGAAGGCACAGGCAGCCUGUAUUCAGAAUAGUGCUGUGAUCGCCACACCAGUGCAGCUACAGGCAGCGUAUGAUACAGGGUACCACCAGUGUGAUGCAGGCUGGCUUUCUGACCAGACUGUUAGGUAUCCUAUCCAUGAUCCCCGAGAGGCCUGCUAUGGUGACAAGUAUGAAUUCCCAGGAGUGAGAACGUAUGGAGUAAGAGAUGCAAACGAGACCUAUGAUGUGUAUUGCUUUGCUGAGAAGAUGUCAGGGAGGGUGUUCUAUUCAACACACCCUGAAAAGUUUUCCUUUGCUGAAGCUCAGGCCCAGUGUGCUAAGCUGGGGUCUAAAUUAGCCACAACUGGCCAGCUCUACCUGGCCUGGCAGGCUGGUAUGGAUGAAUGUAAUGCAGGCUGGCUGGCAGAUGGGAGUGUACGCUAUCCCAUCAACAUUGCCCGACCCCAGUGUGGAGGAGGUCUGCUGGGAGUGCGCACUGUGUACCGCUUCAUUAAUCAGACAGGCUACCCUCUACCAGAAUCAAGAUAUGACGCUAUCUGUUACACAGAUGACGAGGAAGAGGGCUCAGCCAUACCCAACAUCUUCCCAGAUAUACAGACUACAGAGACUACAAGUGAGGUAGUAAAUGUGGAAAUGGUGACAGGCAGCCCACCAGUUUUAAUUACGCAGACCUCCACUGAGAGUGAACUAAUAGGAGAGGUUGAAACCCACAAACCCCCCACCACCACUGCUGACUUCCUGUAUGUGGAGCAGAAUGUCACACUACUGCCUCUGUCUUCACCACCCAGUAUCAUUGACGAUUUUGUAAAAGUGGUGACUGCACAGCCUGACCUUGGAGUAGAGAUUCCUGGUGAAAAUGCAACUGCACCUGUGAUGUCUCUUACUGGCGUUGUCUUCCACUACAGACUAGGUCACAGUCGAUACGCUUUUACCUUUGUUGAGGCUCAGCUAGCCUGUCAGGACAUUGGUGCAGUGAUUGCUAGUCCUCAGCAGUUACAGGCUGCCUAUGAAGCUGGUUAUCACCAGUGUGAUGCAGGCUGGCUGAUUGACCAGACAGUGAGGUAUCCUAUCGUAUCUGCACGAAAGAAAUGUGCUGGUGAUUUGGAAGAUUUCCCCGGUGUGAGGUCUUAUGGUGUACGACCUGCCAGUGAGCACUAUGAUGUAUACUGCUACAUGGACAAACCAAGAGGGAAUGUUUUUCAUGUGAGUUCAUUUGAGGGUUUCACAUAUGAUGAAGCAAUGGCUUAUUGCCAGGCCCAGAAUGCCUCCUUGGCCUCCACAGCUGAUCUGUAUGUGGCCUGGAAGCAAGGUUUUGAUAAGUGUCGUGCUGGCUGGCUCAUCGACCACAGUGUCCGCUAUCCCAUUAAUAAUCCUAGUCCUCAGUGUGGAGGAGGGAAACCUGGAGUCCAUACAGUCUUUAAGUUUCCCAACCAGACUGAAUAUCCUGAUGUGCACUCCAAAUUUGAUGCCUACUGCUUGAAAGUUGAUCUCCAAUUAUAUCUUAAUGAGACUGAAUCGAACAUGACACUUAUUGAAGAGGAAUUGGUGAACCUGACCUCAAGAACUGACCUUUUUAUGCCUGUGAACCCCACUAUUACUCCUCCCAUUCCCGUGGAAGUCUCUGGUUCUGGCUCAGCAGACCUGCCAUCUGUGGCCAGUGGUUUUUCUGGUGAUGGAUCAGCUAGUGGAAGUGGGGAGCAUCCUAGGGGGACAUCACAUAAAGAAGGAGAACUUUCAGGAUCUGGACUGCCUAGUGGGUCUUCAGGUUUAGGAGGAGAACUUUCAGGAUCUGGACUGCCAAGUGGGUCUUCAGGUUUAGGAGGAGAACUUUCAGGAUCUGGACUGCCAAGUGGGUCUUCAGGUUUAGGAGGAGAAAUUUCAGGAUCUGGACUGCCAAGUGAGUCUUCAGGUUUAGGAGGAGAACUUUCAGGAUCUGGACUGCCAAGUGAGUCUUCAGGUUUAGGAGGAGAACUUUCAGGAUCUGGUCUGCCAAGUGAGUUUUCAGGUUUAGGAGGAGAACUUUCAGGAUCUGGACUGUCAAGUGGGUCAUCAGGUUUAGAAGGAGAACUUUCAGGAUCUGGACUGUCAAGUGAGUCUUCAGGUUUAGGAGGAGAACUUUCAGGAUCUGGACUGUCAAGUGGGUCAUCAGGGAUAGGAGGUGACUAUUCAGGAUCUGGAGUAAGUGGAGACAUGUCUGGCUCAGGCUUUACUGAUGAUGGCUCAGGCAUAAGUGUGACCUUCUCAGGAAUUGACACAAUAUUCUCUGGGGAAGGAUCAGCUUCAGGAACACUUCAGGAAGCUGGGGAGGGCAGUGCAGAGAUCCUCAUGUUCAUGUCAGGUCUGGGUUCUGGCUUCUUCAGUGGGGAUAGGUCUGGAUCAGGAAGUGGCUCAAGUUUUGUUUCAGCAGAGAGUGGAUCUACAUCAGACUUUUUCAGCGACUUGAGAGAGAGUGGAAGUGGAGAACCUUCUGGCAUUUCUUCAGGUCUUGGUUCUAGCGGGGAUUUCUCUGGAUUCAGGGGUUUUCCAUCAGGCUUGAUUUCCUCUGGAGAGGACAGUGGUUUCUCUGGGCUUAGUGGCAGUGGAAUAAUCAUGGUCAAAGGCCAGUGGGUGGAAGUGUCCACUGCUCCAACCCUCACAGCUCAGGAGCUGGGUGGAAGUCAGAUACAUUUCAGUGGAUCUGGAGAUCUACAAGGGUCUGGUUUGAGUGGCUCUGGUGUGAGUGGAAGUGGUGAUUUAAGCGGCUCUGGAAGUGGUUCAGGAUUUCCUGCCAUCACCUUUUUGGACUCAGGCCUUACUGAUCUCAUAGAUCUAUCCAGCAGAGAACAAGAGGCCUCUGGGACAUUGAUAUAUGGAUCAGGGGAAGGGAGUGGUGACCUCUCUGGAGACUCUGGUCUUCCAUCAGGAGACACAUCAGGGGCAUCAGCCAGUGGGAAUAUUAUAACAUUUACUGAUGAGAGCUUUGUGGAAGUUUCUUUUAGGUCCACUCAAAACCGGGAGCUCAGAAAAGGACCAAUAGAGCACAGUGGGAGGGAGAGUGGACCAUUUUUGAGCAGUGGGCACCACCAUACUACUAUUUCAAGUGAAGAUCACCAUCCCAAAUCCCUCCUUAGUGAAGACCCAGUUCAUUCAAUUGAUGAGCCAACAGUUAUAGUUCCCUCAGAGCUGUUUAGUAACAGUGCACGGCCACAGGAAAUCUUGCCAAACACUGCUCAAACCUUCUGGAAAUAUGAUUCUGUGACUCAAGCAUCUACGGCUGGCACCACUACCGACCCUGCCUUUUCGAUGCAGACCCCAACUGUCAUAGAGGUCCCAGCCAUGGAGAAACCUGCUGUGGACCCAUGUAACCCAAACCCCUGUGGUGCUGCUGCAUGUUCUGUGCAGGAUGGGGUUGGCGUGUGUCACUGCCCACCUGGGAUGAAGGAGGAAGAGUGCCAUGUUGAGGUUGAUGUGUGCCAUUCAAACCCUUGUGCCAAUGGAGCUACGUGUGUGGAGGUACAAGAUGCUUUCAAAUGCUUAUGCCUGCCCAGCUAUGGAGGGGAUCACUGUGAGAUCGACAUAGAAACAUGUGAGGAGGGCUGGAUUAAGUUUCAGGGUAACUGUUACUGGCACUUCUCGAAGAGAACAGUGUGGGAGGAGGCUGAACAACACUGUCGAAGCCUUGGAGCUCACCUGGUCAGCAUCACCAACCAAGAAGAGCAAGUAUUCGUUAACUCCCAUGCACAGGAUUACCAGUGGAUUGGACUAAAUGAUAAGACUUUUGAAAAUGACUUCCAGUGGACAGAUGGAAGCCCAAUGCAAUAUGAGAACUGGAGGCCUAAUCAGCCAGAUAACUAUUUCAACUCUGGCGAGGAUUGUGUGGUGAUGAUCUGGCAUGAAAAUGGGCAGUGGAAUGAUGUGCCUUGCAACUAUCAUCUACCAUUCACAUGCAAAACUGGCCCUGUCACAUGUGGCCAGCCUACUGAACUGAGGAAUGCCAGGUGGUUUGGGACUAAGAAGGAACGCUAUCAGGUCAACUCAAUAAUCAGAUAUCAGUGCAAUGAUGGCUUCCAACAGCGCCAUCCACCUGUGGUCCGCUGCAUGGCAGAUGGACACUGGCAGGAGCCACAGGUGGAAUGCAUACCCCAAAUCAAAAGAAGACUACAGAAGAGAUCCAUUAGGCGUCGAUCUGCUAAGAGGACAUCAUUGAGGAAGCACCUCUAAUGACUUAAGAAGAAAUAGUUAAGAGAUUUUUUAAAUCAUUUAAAUCUUAUUUUUCAUGGCCUUGAAUUGAGAAUGCAUUAUGUAUUAAAAAGUGUUAUUUUUAAGAUAAGUUCCCAACCUGUAUAUAGUGUCACUCCCAACAUGUAGUGCUUCGAUAAGAAAGAAAGAAAAAAGUAAUCUAUUUUGUGAUUCUUUUCCCCACCUCAUCUAGGAAGCCACUUUAUUUAUGAAAGUAGUAUUUAUUCCCAGAGUUAGUGUAAUUGGAUCUGAACUUGCACCUACUGAAUCAGAUUGUCUCAAAGUAUCAGCUGAAUUUUACAAAACCUUCCAGAGGAGGAUCUUUCAUCCAGACAGUCUGGAAUUUUGUGGCAAAAGGGAACAGCUAAGAACUGUGUGCAAUCCUUCUUCUGAGAAGGACCAUGAAAUAGGUUCCUGGGUUUUAUUUUUUGCUUUGGACACAGCUGUGUUCAGUUUGCAAGUUACAAAAAUUUUAUAGCACUUACUGUAUAAAAGAUUAAAUUAUGUGAAGUAUUAUUUUCAUCUAUAGUCUAUCAGAAUGGAUAGUGAGCCUAGUAAAAUAUAUAGCCAUAAAUAAGGUUUACAUACAACUAAUUUAUUUCAUACAAAUGAUCAAAAAAUGUGUCAUUUUUGAUACUUCUGAUAACAGAAAUGUGAAAUUAAGUAUAUUUAUUGAUUUCUCACAAUAUCACAUUCUGCCUGGCAAUAUGACUCGGUUUGCCCUUAGGCCUAAAUAACAGAUAAAAAUUACAUGCUCACAAAAGCAUUAAUUUUGGCAAAAGCAGUGCUUGAUGGCCAGAUCCUGUCAUCUUGGACAUGAACAUAGAUAAUUUGUGCCAUAUAUUACCAUGCUUUUUUCUUAUUGUAAGCUGUGCAGGGCACAGUACUGUGAGACCAGCAUCACCCUCUUUAAACAGCUCUUAUUCCCAGUUCUUAUAAGACCUCAGUGAUGUUUUCUUUUUCCUCUAAUGCUUUUCAGCUACUAUCAGUUAUAACAUGUGCCUUAUGAAUGUCUUUCUUAUGAAAUACCCGAUUCUUGGGUUUGUUUAAUAUCAAUUAGGGGCUGUGCCUCUCUCUUCCCCAAGCAUUUGGUGAACUCUUACAAACUCUAAUCUUGUUUUCAUCUAUGAAUGUUGAACUGAUAAGUGCAACAGUAGAUACCCAGGAAACAAAUGUAGACUUUGAUAGAAGACUCAGGUUUUUGUAUUGGAAAAGGAGGAUAAAGAGGGUAGACUAAGCAAUGCUGAAGAAGAGAAAUGUACACAGAGACAGAGGUUGCCAUCAGAUUUGACUGUUAUCUUUUCAGAUAUUCACACAUCACACAGCCUGUUUUUGCUUGAAUAAGUGUAUUUUAAAAAAAAAGUGAAGAAAUGAGAAUUGCCAAAUAAAACAUUCCACAGAUCACUUUUAA